GCAUUGUGGGAUUGGCUGACAGCAGAGGAGGUGGUGUACCGUUCACUGUACGUCCAGGCCUGUAGGAAACCGUCAGAAAUCCUCCUCAGCAGCAGCAGCGCACGCUUUUACCGGCAGAUAUUUGAUUUUACGGACUCGGACAGCGGGAGAAUUUUCCGCCAUGUCGUCUGUGUUGAAGCUCGUCGCCAAGCAAGUCAGGAGCCACCCAGCUCUGAUCCCCCUCUUCAUCUUCAUCGGUGGCGGGGUGACCAUGAGCGUCACUUACCUGUGUCGGCUGGCUCUGAAAAACCCUGACGUCUCAUGGGAUCGCAAGAACAACCCUGAGCCCUGGAACAAAUUGGAGCACAAUCAGCAAUACAAACUUUUCACCGUUAACAUGGACUACUCCAAGCUGAAGAAGGACAGGCCUGAUUUCUAAGUCGCUGCGUCGUUGCACCUCUGUCUCUGACGUUGUUGUCAGUGUGAAGAGCCUUUGCACUUUUUUGCCAAACAAACCCAUGACGCUGAAUGAAGGUUUAAACACACUGCUUACUACAGUCAUUCAGUCUGUUCAUUUCCAGUGUGAAGGGGGGGGAGGGAUCACUCACUUUAUCAGCGGCUGUAUGACUAAAGCAGGCAACCACCUGUUUUACUAAUUUAUGAAUUUAUUUUUGACUGUGUUGUAAAUCAUUAAAACCAUUUCAAUCACA